AUGAUAGCAGAGAUUGGAAUGGGUAUAUACCUCAGCACUCCCAAAACUGAAAAGUUCUCUGAAGAUGGUGAGAAUGGCCGGGUCAGAUAUGGUUUGUCAUCAAUGCAAGGAUGGCGUGCCACCAUGGAGGAUGCCCAUGCAGCAUAUCCCGAUCUUGAUACAUCCACCUCAUUCUUUGGUGUUUAUGAUGGCCAUGGAGGUAAGGUAGUUGCUAAAUUCUGUGCGAAGUAUCUUCACCGACAAGUGCUCAAGAAUGAAGCUUAUGCGGCUGGAGAUAUAGGAACUUCUGUUCAAAAAGCUUUUUUCAGAAUGGAUGAAAUGAUGCGUGGACAAAGGGGCUGGAGAGAGUUAGCUGUUUUGGGAGAUAAGAUAAACAAGUUUACUGGCAUGAUAGAAGGGUUAAUUUGGUCCCCAAGGAGCAGUGAGGGUAAUGAUCAAGCUGAUGAUUGGGCUUUUGAGGAGGGGCCUCACUCUGAUUUUACUGGCCCAACUUCUGGGAGCACAGCCUGUGUUGCAAUUCUUAGAAACAACCAACUUGUUGUUGCAAAUGCUGGUGAUUCUCGUUGUGUAAUAUCUCGGAAGGGUCAGGCAUAUAAUUUGUCAAGAGAUCACAAACCUGAUCUUGAGCUUGAGAAGGAGAGGAUUUUGAAAGCCGGUGGUUUUAUCCAUGCAGGACGAGUCAAUGGCAGCUUGAAUCUUGCAAGAGCUAUAGGUGACAUGGAAUUCAAGCAGAACAAAUUUUUGCCAGCUGAAAAGCAAAUUGUAACUGCCUGUCCAGAUAUAAACACUGUUGAGCUUUGUGAUGAUGACGAGUUUAUCGUGCUAGCAUGUGAUGGCAUCUGGGAUUGCAUGUCUAGCCAGCAAGUGGUUGAUUAUGUACAUGAACAACUGGUCUCGGAAAGCAAGUUGUCUGUGGUGUGCGAGAGAGUCCUUGAUAGGUGUUUGGCGCCAACGACUGCUGGUGGUGAGGGGUGUGAUAACAUGACCAUGAUCAUAGUGCAGUUCGUGCAGUUAAAGAAGCCCCUGCAGUCAGCUGGAUCUGCAGACGAGAGACCCUCACCAACCGAGGAAGCUGGAACUGGAAGUGAUUCAAAGGCAGGUGAAAGUGAACCGAAGUAG